AUUUCAUUGAAGGUCCGUUCUUCUCUCUAACUUGAGGCUUCUGUAGCCGCUUGACCAACUUUUCCCCUUUUCCACCAUGACAGAUAAUCAGCAACCUAUUUUGCAAAAAGAUGAUGCACAGCAUCCGCUGGCAAAGCUAAACCGUCUGCACUUUUGGCUUCUGGUGGCACUCAACAUUGUUUUCCUUCUCUUUGGUCAAGCUGCUGCUGUAAUUUUGGGAAGAUUUUACUAUGAGAAGGGUGGAAAUAGUAAAUGGAUGGCCACUGUUGUCCAGACAGCUGCUUUUCCUCUUCUUUUCAUUCCUUACCUAUUCAUUUCUUCUCCUCAAACUCAUUCAGAAGCCUCCAAUCAACCUUCAAUCAUCACAGUUAGCGUGGUCUAUUUCGUUAUUGGUGUACUGGUUGCAGGAGAUAACAUGCUCUAUUCAAUUGGUCUAUUGUAUCUCUCCGCUUCUACAUAUUCCCUUAUUUGUGCAACACAAUUGGUUUUCAGUGCAGUUCUUUCUUACUUCCUAAACCAUCAAAGGUUCACAGCACUGAUCAUGAAUUCUGUUGUCGUGCUCUCGUUAUCUGCCUCUCUUCUUGCUGUUAACGAAGAUUCUGAUAAGCCUUCAGGCGUAACUAAGUCUAAAUAUGUCAUUGGAUUUCUAGUUACUCUUGCCGCUUCAGCUAUGUAUGCUCUAUUGCUUUCCCUUAUGCAGCUUUCAUUCCAAAAGGUUCUAAAGAAAGAAACGUUUUCCGUGGUUCUGGAGAUGCAAAUUUACACAGCAAUUGUAGCCACCGCUGUCUCUACAGUGGGGCUAUUUGCUAGCGGAGAAUGGAAGACUUUGCAUGGGGAAAUGGGUAGUUUUACUGCUGGAAAACUUGCGUAUGUGAUGACUCUGGUUUGGACAGCUAUAGCUUGGCAGAUUUGCUCAGUUGGGGUUGUUGGUUUGGUUUUCGUGGUGUCCUCAUUGUUCUCUAAUGUCAUUAGUACACUUUCCUUGGCGAUCACUCCUAUUGCUUCAGUCAUGAUCCUCCAUGACAAGAUGAACGGUGUGAAGGCAAUCGCCAUGCUGAUGGCAAUUUGGGGAUUCUGUACUUACAUAUACCAGAAUUACGUCGAUGAUCAUAAGGCAAGCAAAGCACCAAGCGCAGUUGAUGCUACUCCAAACGAGUCAAGAUCUUGCUGAAGGCUUUGUUGCCUGGUAAUUAUAUAGGCUAUAGUUCUGGAACACACAGCUAAAAUUCUUUUCAUACUUGUUUGUAGUUAGAAAUUUUGUUAUAUGAAGAAUUUUCAUUUUACAAACGCCUGUUAAGUGUUAAUAACAAUGACAAUUUAGUGGCAAAAUCUUGAUUUUAUGUCAUUAAUUGAUAACAGUGAUCAGUUCCAGUGGC